AUGGCGACUCACCUCCUAACAUUCACCUGCCCCGACAAAGCCGGCAUUGUGUACGCGGUCACGGGUGUGUUAGCCCACUACCAACUUACCAUCCUCGACCUCCAGCAAUACUCCGACCCAGACACCAAAACGUUCUUCAUGCGCGUCCACUUCGGCCACGUCGACGACACCUCCCACCUCCUUCAACCCCUCAACAGCCUGAACUUGCACACCACCUUCCAAAUCCACCCCUCGACCCUCAAACCCAAAGUCCUAAUCAUGGUCUCCAAAAUCGGCCACUGCCUCAACGACCUCCUCUACCGCCAGCGCGCCGGUCUACUGAACGUCGACGUCCCCGUCAUCGUCUCCAACCAUCCCGACUUCGAGCCGCUGGCAAAGUCCUAUGGAAUCGACUUCCACCACCUCCCCAUCUCCGCCAAGGACCCGACGUCAAAAGACGCCCAGGAGUCGAAAAUCCUCUCACUCAUCAAAGAGCACAACAUCGAACUCGUCGUGCUAGCACGGUAUAUGCAGAUCCUGACCCCAAACCUCUGCGCCGAGAUGUCCGGGCGAAUCAUCAACAUCCACCAUUCCUUUCUGCCGAGUUUCAAAGGUGCCAAGCCAUACCAUCAGGCGUACGACCGAGGUGUGAAGAUUGUAGGCGCGACGGCGCAUUUCGUGACCAAGGAUUUGGACGAGGGCCCGAUUAUUGAGCAGCAGGUUACGCACGUGGGGCAUGCACAGAGCGCUAAGGAUCUGGUAGAUAGGGGCGCGACGGUGGAAACGCAGGUCCUGGCGAGUGCGGUCAAAUGGUGGAGUGAGAGAAGGGUAUUCUUGAACCAGACGAAGACUGUGGUGUUUAAUUAG